AUGGCAGAUCCGGAGCUGGGACAAGGCUCCAAGGCCUUCUGGAGCAAGACGCAGACCGAUCUGGACGACAGACCAGUUCUGGAUUAUGAAGCUCCUCCCGCAGCGCCUGAGACGACUCAGCUGGCGCGAAAGCUCUCUGCACGACAGGUCCAGAUGAUUGCCAUCGGGGGGACUAUUGGGACGGGACUAUUCCUCGGUACGGGCAACUCGCUGGCCAAAGGAGGACCGGCUUCGAUGUUGAUAUCGUACGCGAUUGUGGGUGGGAUCGUGUUUGUGACGAUGUUGUCUUUGGGCGAGAUGGCGGCUUUUGUGCCGGUUGCUGGGUCGUUUUGUACUUUUGCUGGACGUUUCGUGGACGAUGCUUUUGGAUUCGCGCUCACCUGGAACUACUGGUUCAACGAUGCCGUGUCAACAGCCUCCGACCUGAUCGCUCUACAACUUCUCCUGCAGUACUGGACCGACAACUUCCCCGGCUGGGCAAUCAGUCUGAUCUUCCUCUUCGUGCUCAUCGCCCUCAAUAUCGUCACUGUACGAGCAUAUGGCGAGAUGGAGUACUGGCUAUCGUUCCUUAAAGUUGCGACGAUCAUCGUCUUCGUUAUCUUGGGAAUUGCGGUCAACUGUGGCGGCAACACCGAUCACCAGUACAUUGGCGGGAAGAACUGGUACAUUGGCGACGCCCCCUUCGUUAACGGGAUCGGUGGAUUUGCCUCUGUCUUCGUCACGGCUUCCUUUGCCUACGGCGGCACUGAAUCGAUCGCUAUCACUGCUGGAGAGACGAAGGAUCCUCACAGCACUCUCCCAAAGGUGGUACGCAACGUUUUCUGGAGGAUAAUCGUUUUCUACUUCCUUUCGAUCCUCAUAAUUGGCCUGAACGUGCCAUACACUUAUCCGGGUCUUUCGUCAAAGGACAGCCAUACCUCACCGUUUACGAUUGUGUUCCAGAUGGCAGGCAGCAAGGCCGCAGGCUCUUUCAUCAAUGCUGUGGUUAUGACGAGUGUCAUAUCAGCUGGAAACCACGCACUCUUCGCCGGCUCAAGAUUGAUGUAUACCCUCGCCGUUAACGGACAUGGACCUCGCUUCCUAGGCACACUGAACAGACACCACACACCCUGGGUGGCAGUCCUGGCAACUGUCGCCAUCAGUGGAUUGUGCUUCGGAGCCAGCUACAUUGGGGCAGGGCAACUCUGGACAUGGCUACAGAAUAUCGUCGGCGUGUCGAAUCAACUGUCCUGGAUUGCAAUCGGCUUUGCUUCCCUGCGCUUCAGAGCUGGAAUCAAGAAGCAAGGACUGGAACAUCUUCUGCCAUUCAAGAAUUGGACAUACCCGUACGGACCUAUUCUGGCGGUCGUCCUGAAUAGCGUUCUGGUCUUGGUCCAGGGCUGGAGUUGCUUCUCGCCCAGAUUCAAGGCUGUGGACUUUGUCUCGUACUACAUCGAGCUGCCUGUCAUGCUCGUCAUGUUCGUGGGCUGGAGAUUGCUCAAACGAACGAAGUUUGUGCGUCUGGAAGAGAUGGACCUGACGACUGAUCGGUUCGAUCAAGGCUUCACGCCCGAGGAGCGCGAAGAUGCAUUGGAGAAGUCGAAGCUGAGUCCUUGGGCGAAAGGUCAGCCAUGGAAAAAGAGAGCCCAGGCCAUCGGGCAAUGGUUGUUCUUCUAG